AUGGAGAAUAUCGCAGACGACGAAGAUUUAAUUAGGUUUGCAUUAGAAAUACCUAUUGACAGUGAUGAUGAAAGCGGUGAAUCUGAUGACGAGUGUUUUAUUGAUUAUGAUCCAAUAGUUGACAAUAACUACAGUCAAAACGAUUUUAUAGAACAAGCUCCGUCUACAAUCACUGCAAAUGGUUUAGAAGAUUUAAUACCUUUAAUAAACUCUGAAGCAUUAACCUCACCUGAACAACCACGUAGACAAAAUAGACAAACUCAAACAUCUAAAACUGCACCAAAUAAUAUUCAAAUUCAACCUCCAGUCGUUAGUUAUAAGGAUAUAAAUUGGAAAAAAGGAAAUUUGAUUUUAAAUAAAAAUGUCACUGAGUUUUUAGGAAAUUCAAAUGAGCAGAUUUGUCCUACCAAGGCCCGUAGUUAUUUAAAACAAUAUUUGCCACUAAAACCGCACAAAUGGGGCUAUAAGAUUUUUGUUCUGAGUGGUGUAUCUGGCUUUUCAUAUAAUUUUGAAGUUUAUUCAGGCCUGGAGAAUAACCCUGAUCAAAGACUACAAAAUGAACCUCAUUUAGGAGCGUCAGCGAAUAUUGUAGUCAGAUUAGCACGUAUUAUUCCUAAAAAUCAAAACUAUAAACUCUAUUUUGACAACUACUACACCACUCUAGCUCUUGAGGUUUACUUAAAAAAAAAUGGUAUAUACAGUUUGGGCACAUUACGAAGAAAUAGAGUUCCUGGCCUCAUUUUACCGGAUGAAAAAUAUUUAAAAACGAAACCUAGAGGGUUUUCUUCUGAAUGCUUGGCGGAAGUCGACGGAGAGGCUGUUACAGUGGUAAUUUGGAAAGAUAAUAAAUACGUUACACUACUUUCAACUUUAUCAGGAAAAUUACCAGAAACUGAAGUCAAACGCUUUGAUAAAAAAAACAAAAUUCGUAGUAUAGUGCCAUGUCCAAACAUCGUUGGUGUUUACAACAAACAUAUGGGUGGUGUAGAUUUAUUGGAUGCUCAUAUAGCCCGAUAUAGAGUAGGAAUGAGGUCUAAAAAAUGGUAUUUUAAAAUAUUUUAUCAUUUCUUUGAUGUUGCGAUGGUUAAUGCGUGGAUUUUGUACAAAAAAGUUAACAGUGAUGAAAAGUAUAUGCCACUAAAAGAUUUUCGUCAAGAAAUAGCCGUAUCAUUGUGCAAAAUUGGAGAAAAUCUAACACCAACCAGAGGGAGAAAACGAAAAGAACCGGAACAAAGUGAAAAAAAAAAACGAGGAUAUCAAACAUUUAAGCCACCAAGAGACGUACGGUUGGACAUGAUUGCACAUUUCCCAAAAAUAACCGACAAGAGAGAACGCUGCAAAAAUAAUGGUUGUGGCAAAAAAACCUCAAUUAUGUGCCGAAAGUGCAAAGUGUACUUAUGUUUAAAUAAAACAAAUGACUGUUUUUAUGAUUAUCAUUGUCCACAAUGA